GAAAAUGAAACACAGCAGGCAUCCAUGUGACCCUAGCACGACCUUUCCUCCAAAGUCCUAACUCAAAACACAUUUUCCAACAGAGACGGAACGGAACACAGCGCAACAGAACACACCUUCCUCCCCACUUUCCACCUUCCCUUUCUGUAUGUAGUGUGUACGCAAAAAAGGGGGAAAAAAAAAAAAAAAAAAUCCCAACACAUACCACCACCAAAACCAAACCAAACCAAACCAAACUUCAAAAACUCAUUUAUUUAUUUUUCUCUCUCUCUCAUACACAUCAGUCUCUCAAAAUGGGUCGGCGGAGAACCCUACUGAUCUAUCUCUCCACCUUCAUAUUCUCCUUUCUAACUCUUUCAUCUGCCGAUGACUCCGCAGCCAUGGCCAAGCUCCUCGCCUCCUUCGACACCGCCCCAAGCGGCUGGUCCGCCACCACAGACUGCUGUAAGUGGAAAAACGUUAACUGCGACGGAAGCAACCGUGUCACCUCCAUCAACUUAGCUUCUCAGUCUCUCACAGGGAUUCUUCCUUCCGAUCUCGGCACUCUCACCCAACUCACCACUCUCUCUCUCCAAAGCAACUCUCUCUCUGGACCUCUCCCCUCCCUUGCCAACCUCACCUCUCUCCAAAAACUCUACCUUGACAACAACAAUUUCACCUCCAUUCCUUCAGGUUUCUUCCAAGGACUCACAAGCUUACAGAUCUUAACCUUGAGCCAAAACCUUAAUCUUGCACCUUGGACCAUCUCCACCGAGUUGACUCAGGCCACUAGCUUAGUCACUUUCUAUGCUAGCAAUGCAAACAUUAUUGGGUCUUUACCAGAUAUCUUUGUUUCCUUCCCGAGUCUUAAGGAUCUCCGACUUUCUUACAACAAUCUCACUGGCACUCUACCUAAAUCCUUUGGGGGAUCCGGGAUUCAAAACCUUUGGCUCAACAACCAACAAAACGGCUUGUCGGGUACCAUCGACGUGUUGUCGUCGAUGACCCAGUUGUCCCAAGUGUGGCUACACAAGAACCAGUUCACUGGUCCCAUCCCAGACUUGUCAAACUGUACAAGUUUGUUCGAUCUUCAGCUCAGAGACAACCAGUUCACAGGCCUUAUCCCAGCUUCAUUGAUGUCAAUUCCCACAUUGAGAAACGUUUCCUUGGAUAACAAUGUGCUCCAAGGGCCUUACCCACAGUUCCCAUCUAGCGUGACCACUCACACUCUUGAUGGUAUCAAUAGCUUCUGUAAGAACACCCCAGGUCCUUGUGAUCCCCAAGUGACCACAUUGCUCGAAAUCGCUUCGGCUUUUGGGUAUCCAAUCAAGCUAGCCAAUUCUUGGACAGGUAACGAUGCUUGUACUAGCUGGACUUCCAUUAUCUGCGAUUCACAGGGGAAUAUUACCACUAUCAAUUUCGCUAAGCAGCAAUUCGUUGGGACGAUCUCGCCUGUCUUUGCAAAACUCACAUCGUUGAGGAAUUUGUAUCUGAAUGAUAACAAUUUGACGGGUUCCAUUCCGGAUGCUUUAACCAACAUGACAAGCCUUCAGGUUCUCGACGUUUCGAACAAUAACCUUACUGGGUUGAUACCGAAAUUUGGAGAUUCCGUGAAGCUAACUACGACCGGUAAUCCUUUGAUUGGGAAGAAUACUCCGAGCUCUGGAAGUGGAGGGAGUUCUCCGUCGGGUUCAAAUGGCACAUCGCCCAGUGGGAAUCCGGCUGGAAUGGGAUCGAGUGGCACUUCCGUCUCGCAGGGUAUGAUUGCUGGUAUAGUUAUUGCUGUGAUCAUAUUUGUUGUGGUUGUGUUGUUUGUUUCAAUUAAGUGUUAUGUCAGUAGGAGGCAUAGGAAGUUUGGGAGGGUGGAAAAUCCUCAAAAUGGUAAGGAAGCUGUUAAGUCUAUUGGCAUAACGGGUGGUGUAUCGAAUUCAAAUGGAUAUGGAGGUGUGCCGAGUGAGUUGCAGAGCCAGAGUAGUGGUGAUCAUAGUGAGCUUCCUGUUUUUGAGGGUGGGAAUGUUGCAAUUUCGAUCCAAGUUUUAAGACAGGUGACCAACAAUUUCAGUGAAGAUAACAUUUUGGGUAGGGGAGGAUUUGGAGUUGUUUACAGAGGAGAAUUGCAUGAUGGGACUAAGAUUGCUGUGAAGAGGAUGGAAUCUGUGGCAGUGAGUAGCAAAGGAAUGAAUGAAUUUCAGGCGGAGAUUGCAGUCCUUACUAAAGUUAGACAUCGACAUUUGGUUGCUCUUUUAGGAUACUGUAUCAAUGGCAACGAGAGGCUUUUGGUGUAUGAGUAUAUGCCACAGGGGACAUUAACGCAGCAUUUGUUCGAAUGCCAUGAGAAUGGGUGUUCUCCUCUUACUUGGAAGCAGAGGGUUACAAUAGCAUUGGAUGUGGCGCGCGGAGUGGAAUACCUGCACAGUUUGGCACAACAAAGUUUCAUUCACAGAGAUUUGAAACCUUCCAACAUACUUCUUGGGGAUGAUAUGAGGGCCAAGGUUGCAGAUUUUGGUCUGGUUAAACAUGCGCCUGAUGGGAAGUACUCUGUAGAGACUCGGUUGGCUGGGACAUUCGGGUAUCUUGCACCAGAAUAUGCAGCUACUGGAAGAGUGACGACCAAAGUGGAUGUCUAUGCAUUUGGAGUGGUUUUGAUGGAGCUGAUUACUGGUAGAAGAGCACUAGAUGAUACCAUGCCAGAUGAGAGGUCUCAUCUGGUCACAUGGUUCCGUAGGAUCCUAAUCAACAAGGAGAACAUCCCCAAGGCCAUUGACCAAAAUCUUAACCCUGAUGAGGAGACCAUGGAGAGCAUAUACAAAGUGGCUGAGCUGGCAGGUCAUUGCACUGCUCGUGAGCCGUACCAGAGACCUGAUAUGGGGCACGCAGUCAACAUCUUAAGUCCUCUUGUAGAGCAGUGGAAACCAACUUCUCAUGAAGAAGAGGACGCUUGUGGCAUUGACCUAGACAUGAGCCUUCCUCAAGCUCUGCAAAGAUGGCAAGCCAAUGAAGGUACUUCAACAAUGUUUAAUGAUAUAUCCUACUCCCAAACUCAAUCAAGCAUUCCCUCGAAACCUUCAGGGUUUGCAGACUCGUUUGAUUCAAUGGAUUGCCGAUGAGAAAGGGGAAGAGAGGGAGAAAAGGGGGGUAAGAAGAGGUAAAGUUGGGAUGAUGAAGAUAUGACACAAAAGUUCUGGUUGCUAAAGCUGUUUGGUCCAGCGGGUUACCCAAGGGUGUCCCAAGAUUUUUUUGUCUGUUACUGUUGUUUGUUAUUAUUCUACAAAACCUGGAAAAUAUAGAUGCAUUAUGCUGUUCCAAUUUGUUCUUUUAAGGCUAACAAAUUCAUUUGGUGAUGGUCGAGGUCGAGAUAUCAGAAAGGAAAAAAAAAAAAAAGGGUACAGAUUUGUAUGAUAUUCUUUUAAUGUUUUCAUUUAAUAGAAGGUUGGUUACAUUUAUUGCUCUGAA